AUGAACAACAUCUAUUAAGCCUAAUUAACGGAAAGUAAUCGCAAAAAUUAUCUAAAGUUGGUUAACCUGUUGUAAAUGAUUAUUUUUUAUAAUGAGUAUUGCAAUUUUAAGAUUAAAGAAACUUCAUCUUAAUUAGAUUUGGAUAUCGAAAAAAUUGAUUAAGAAAUUCAGCAAAAAGAAGAGAGAUUAUUAAAGAGCAAAAGACGCUACCAAAAAUGCAAAAUCUACAAAGAGGAAUUAAAAAAGCAAUUAAAAUUGAAACCAUAAAAAGUUUAUGGAUGUUUGCAUUGUAGUCUCGAAUUCAGCAACACCAUUCUUUUGGAUAGACACAUGGAGAUCCACAAAGAGCCACCUAACAUAACUCCACAAAUAAUAGCAAUUCAGAAGGAAUUACAAUAAUAAUUAAUGUACAUGUACUAAGCAAAACAACAAAGAAAACAAUUGGAAUUAUAGAAGGAGGACUUAAAAUGUGGGAUGUUGGCAGCUGCAGAAAGAAAUUAAGAACUUGUGUCAAAUGAAAAAAUGCGGUAGAUUGAGAAGGUUUAUAUUGAAAAAGUAAAUAAAUUGGAGACACUAUUGAAUUAAUUAAAUUCAUAGACUGAAAAAGAAUAAUAUGCAAGUGAAUGGUUGGAUAAUCUUGAAGAAGGAAUUAAUGAAUAAUUAAAUUUGAAGAGCGAAUAGGAAAAAUUAUUAAAAACAUAAAUUGAGGCUUAACAAGCAUAAUCCAAAGUGUUCAAAAGUUAAAGAUCAUUGUAAACAUCUAAAAAAGAUCUCAGAAUCCCAAGCAAUACAAGUUUUAAACCCUAAUCUUAACUUUAUAUCUAAUCUUAGGUUCGUGGAUCAAAUCAUUAAUUUCGUAGAUCCAAUGGUGGAAUUGAAUAUGCUUCUGAUGACUCCCCAAGAGAGGAAAUAAUAUUAGAAGAGGAUGAUUAAGUCAGAGAAAAUUUUGGUCACACAAAGAACUUCUCUAGUGCUACUUCAAAGUUGAAGGGGAUGCAUUCUAAAAAUCCAUCUGGGGUUUCCUUUUAAGAAAGUAAUUUAAGAGGUUUAACUAAAUUUGAAUAAUACGAAUAUAGAUAUUAAGAGUUUAAUAGUUUAGUAACUGAAAUGCUGCUGAAUAGAUACUAUUUAAGAAGAACUUAAUUUGAUCCACAAGUGAUUGAAAAGGAAAGGCUAAAGUUAUUGGAUUAAUUUGAGGACUUGGAUGAAGUAGAUGAUUUGGAAGAUCUAUUAAAAUAAAUGUAAAAAUAGACGAAAGGAUUUGAGAAGAGAAAGAGAUAUUAAAUAAAAAAGAAGAAGCUACGCCUAUAAGAUUAGGCAGAGAAUGAAGAUAAGGAGCAUACUAUUACUACUUUGGAAUCCAGCAGUGAAAAUUAGGAAAGCUAGGAGGAAAAGGAUGAGGAAAUUGAGCUAAGGACUAAUUAAUAGUUUGAGCUAAGGAAGUUCCCAUUUAAAAUAGCAGGAGGAGAUUAAGAACAAGGGAAUUAAUAUUAGCAAUACUAAGAGCCUGGACAGGGAUAUGGAGUAAAUACUUUUAGUAUAAAUUAUUGA